UUCACUACUUGGAGCGUGAGGAGCAGCGUCCCAGCAGCAGCAGCAGCCGCUUGGGCAACGAGGGCAGCAUCGAUGCCAGCGUCGCCAGCGCUUCGCCGCCGAGUGGAGUUGGCAUCUCGCCGCAGGGCUCGCCGCAGCUGCAGCAGCGCCUGGGCAAGCAUCUGAGCAAAUCCGCUUCAGAGUUGAACGGACACGACUGCCAUCACAGCAACGAGUCGCCGCAUUUGUCGCCGAAGCGCGCCAAGAGCGCCGCCUCCCAGCAGCUGGUGGGCGGCAGCAGCAGCGUCGGAGGCGUGGCCAGCGGCGUGGGCGUGCUGCAGAAGACGCACGGUUUCUUCAACAAUCUGAAGCAUCGCUGGAGCCGGGCCAAAAGCAAAGAUCGCAUCGGCCGCAAGUCGCCCAGCGACUUUCUCGAAGAGAGCACCGACUAUGCCGCCGACUACAGCUCGGAGAGCAGCUCCGUAACCCAGAGUCCGCGACAUCGUGCCACCACCAUUGGCUCGCCGUUGGCGCGAGACUUUCGUGCCACAGCGAAAAUGGCGCAGGUUAUUCAACGUUUCGGCGGCUCCAUGGAGGGACGCAUCGAUGAGCAGCCCGAGAACGGAACGGCGACAACAGCUCAGCAACAGCAGCAGCAGCAGCAGCAGCAGCAGCUGGAUGCACUGCAGCUGCGCGUCCAUCUCAAAUCCGGCUGCGACCUGGUGGCCAUGGACAAGAACGGACUGAGUGAUCCUUAUGUCAAAUUCAAGGUGGGCGGACGGCUGCUGCACAAGUCGCGCACCAUACACCGCGACCUCAAUCCCGUGUGGGACGAGGUGUUCAUUGUGCCCGUGGAGGACCCAUUUCAGGCGAUUAUAGUAAAGGUCUUCGACUAUGAUUGGGGCCUGCAGGAUGAUUUCAUGGGCUCGGCGAAAAUCGAUCUGACUCAACUGGAGCUGGGCAAGGCGGAAGAUAUCAAUCUGCAGCUGAGCGAUACGAACAACGGUGAGCCGGGCCUCAGCAUGGGCGAGAUACUCAUCAAUCUGACUCUCUGGCCGCGCAGUCAGGAGGACAAGGAAAUGCACUUUCAACGUAAUUCCAAAUUGGCUGAGUCAUCGAAACGUCUCAAGUCACAAAUCUGGAGCUCCGUGGUGACAAUUUUGCUGGUCAAGGCCAAAGAUCUGCCGCUAGCCGAAGACGGGGGCAAGCUCAUCGACAUACACCUGAAGUUUAGGCUGGGCAACGAGAAGUACAAGAGCAAAACGUCAUGGACGGAGCGCUGGCUGGAGCAGUUCGAUUUGCAUCUCUUCGAUGAGGAUCAGAAUCUCGAGUUGGCCCUGUGGAAUCGCAAUACGCUCUAUGGCAAGGCCAACAUCGAUCUGAGCGUCUUUCAGCGUGAGACCACGCAUGGCAUAUGGAAGCCUUUGGAGGACUGUUCUGGCGAGAUCUUCCUCAUGCUAACGAUCAGUGGAACUACGGCUCUGGAGACGAUUAGCGACUUGAAGGCCUUCAAGGAGGAUCCGCGUGAGACGCAGUUGAUCAGAGAUCGCUACAGCUUCUUGCGCAGCCUGCAGAAUCUGCGGGACGUCGGACAUCUUACGGUUAAAGUAUUUGGCGCCACGGGUCUGGCAGCUGCUGACAUAGGCGGCAAAUCGGAUCCCUUUUGCGUGCUGGAGCUGGGCAACGCGCGGCUGCAAACGCAGACGGAGUACAAGACGCUGACGCCCAACUGGAACAAGAUCUUUACCUUCAAUAUCAAGGACAUUACUCAAGUGCUGGAGAUAACAGUUUACGACGAGGAUCGCGAUCACCGCGUCGAAUUCCUGGGCAAACUUGUGAUUCCACUGCUGCGCAUCAAGAGCGGAGUCAAGCGCUGGUACACGCUGAAGGAUAAGAAUCUGUGCGUGCGUGCCAAGGGCAACUCGCCGCAAAUACAACUCGAGCUGACUGUGGUCUGGAACGAAGUGCGCGCCGUUUGUCGCGCUCUCCAGCCCAAGGAGGAGAAGCUCAUACAGCAGGAGGCGAAGUUCAAGCGCCAGCUCUUUCUGCGCAACGUGAAUCGCCUCAAGGAGAUCAUUAUGGAUAUACUAGAGGCAGCACGCUAUGUUCAAAGCUGCUUUGAGUGGGAGUCGCCGGUGCGCUCCGGCAUUGCCUUUGUUCUCUGGAUCGUGGGCUGUGUCUAUGGCGAUCUAGAGACCGUGCCGCUCGUGCUGCUGCUCAUCAUAUUGAAAAAAUGGCUCAUACGCCUGAUCACCGGCACCACAGACGCCAAUGCGGGCCACUACGAUUACGAAUACGAUGAGGAUGAUGACGACGAUAAGGAGAAGGAGGAGAAGAAGUCAAUUAAGGAGCGCCUUCAGGCCAUACAGGAAGUCUCGCAGACCGUACAAAAUACGAUCGGAUAUUUGGCCUCCCUAGGCGAGAGCACCAUCAACACAUUCAACUUUUCCGUCCCCGAAUUGACCUGGCUGGCGGUGGUGCUGCUGCUGGGCGCGAUACUUGUGCUGCACUUUGUGCCGCUGCGCUGGCUGCUGCUCUUCUGGGGCUUCAUGAAGUUCUCCCGGCGCCUGUUGCGUCCCAACACGAUACCCAACAACGAGCUGCUGGACUUUCUGUCGCGUGUGCCCGACAAUGAGGAGAUUAAUCAAUUCAGAGAGCUGCCGCCGUCGGCAACCACAGAUCUGGCUCGAAGUAAUCCCAAAAAGAAAUUGAAGGGCUCAUAGUCUAUAACCAGCGCUGAUGCGGUGAUUGGGCCGCUGCAGCACAGCGCAACUGGGACACAGCAUUUGAUGCAGCGCUUCCGCGCCAACACCAGCCAACUGAAGCACAAAUUUAGCCAGGCCAAGAGCCUUAGUCUAAGCCAAGGCGAUUAGUCGAUUAGUCCAUUAGCAAGUAUUUAAUUGAAGGCACAGGAAUCCAAGACGCAACUUUAACUAAAUGCACCAAAAGUUUUUAUGCUUAACUUAAGUACUUAAACAACACACAAAAUAAUAAGUAAGAGCUUUGACAGUCGGCUCCCCUCGACUGCGCCAUACUCGUUCACAGUGCGAUACAAUGUGAAAGGAAUCGUUCCAAAUUGGCUGAAUCUAACUCAAGAUUAACUACUCCGAUCAGCCCCAUGAGCACAGUGGGCGUGGCUAUGUAUAACACUGUCUCGGCUAUACUAGAGCUUAUAUAGCCGAAGUUUCAUGUGUUUAAGGGGCUUAACUGAAACGAACGAAUUCCCUUCUACCUCUCCGAAGAAGCAUUAUAAAACUAAUAUGCUCGUUUUUACUUUGCAAGCGAGCAUUGCCAAAUAAAUAUGCCCAGUAUUUUCAAAUUAGAAGCAUCUAUGGGGUUACAUUAAUUAAGAAACAGGCAUUACAAAGCCAAUAUACCUGAUUUUCAUCUUGUCCAUAAGCAUAACAAAACCAAUAUACUCCUCUACACUUUCUGAACGAGCAUAUGAAAACCUAUAUACCUCUAUUUACAUUCUGCACAAGCAUAAUAAGCCCAAUAUACCCCAUUUUCACACUGUAAGUCAGCAUAACAAAGCGAAUACACCAAUCUCUACCUGCUGAACCAGCAUAUCAAACCGAAUAUACCCCAUUUUCACACAGUAAACAAGCGUAAGAAAACCAAAAUACCCCAUUCCAUAGUCCAACUAAUAUACUCCUUUUAUAAACAAUGUGAACGAGUAUCUAAAUGAAAUUUUAAUCUCUCUUUCUCGCUCUCUCUCUCUCUCUCAGUUAAAAAUCGAAUCAAACUAUUUACACUUACAUAUAGAUACACUGAGCGAAACCAUUUGCCGUUCAGCGUUGUAAAUACACCGAAAGAAUAUUGAACUUUACCUAAAUACUAUAUAUGCCCGAUGUAUAUAUAGUAUAUACAUAUAUAGAAC